AUGGCGUAUGUCUACAAUGUUGAGCCGAACACCAAUGGAAAGGUGGUGCUUCACACAUCUCACGGAGACAUAGAUAUCGAGUUGUGGAGUGAUCAAGCCCCUGUGACUUGUCGGAACUUUGUUCAGUUAUGCUUGGAGGGUUACUAUGAUAACACUAUCUUCCAUCGUAUUAUUAAGAACAUGAUGAUCCAGGGUGGCGAUCCGACCGGAACUGGACAAGGCGGUGAAUCGAUUUAUGACAAGGCGUUCAAGGACGAGUUUAAUCCUCGUUUGAAGUUCAGUCACCGUGGAAUCGUCGCUAUGGCGAACGAAAACCGUCCAGAUACAAAUCACAGCCAAUUCUUCAUCACUUUAGAAGCCACGGAUUGGCUUGCAGGGAAGAAUACAAUUUUUGGCAAGGUCACAGGCAACACAAUCUUUAACGUGCUAAAAAUGGGCGAGUUAGCGACGGAUUCCAAUGAUCGUCCUCAUUACCCUCCGAUAAUUAAAUCCGUGUCUGUAAUAACGAAUCCAUUUCCGGAUAUCGUUCCAAGGCAUCCAUUCGUGUUGUUUGUAAUCUAG